UCUUCAUUAAAUGCAUUAAAAGAAUGGAAACAUUUACCAAAUUAUACUUCAAAUUCACAUUUAAAUUUAUUACAAGCAUCACAACGUAUUAUUGAAUUACAAGAAUCUGCACAGAUAUUAUUAACUAUACAAACAAAUACAAAUAAUAAUAAUAACAGUGUUACUAAUAAUAAUACAUCAACAUCAAUUAUAUCAACAACAACAAAUAUUCGACAAACAAUAAAUAUUUAUGAACUUAGAGCAAUUUAUGGUACAAUAAGUUCUCAAUCUGAUCAAGAUAUUAAGGGAACAAAUACAUCAUUAACAAGUAAUACAAAUACUCGUACAAAUACUGGACAAUUUUUACUUAGUAUUCAUGCUAUUGCUCAAUCAACUACACAAUUAGGCAAAAUUGCACGUAAACAUCAUGUCUAA